AUGGAAAAUAAAUUUGCUCCUAAGAAAGACAAAAGCAACAUUCCUUUAAGCAAAGUAAAUACAAAUAAACCUCCAAAUGCUAAAUCAUCUGAGAUGAUUUCUUUGGUAUCAAGGAUUCAAGCUUUAGAAGCUGGAUCAAAACAUAAACAUGAUGAAAAUUUAAUGAAAGACGAAAAUAAUGAUAAUACUUCAAAGGAUGAAGAUUUAAUGAACGACGAAAAUAAUGAUAAUACUUCAAAGGAUGAAGAUUUAAUGAAAGACGAAAAUAAUGAUAAUACUUCAAAGGAUGAAGAUUUAAUGAAAGACGAAAAUAAUGAUAAUACUUCAAAAGAUGCAAGUAAAACUUUUAGUAUUGCUAGUACUUGCGUUUCAACUCCUGUUGAUGUAGUUGAUAAUUCAAAAGCUGAAGUUUUGGAACCUAUUGAUGCUCAACCUAAUACUACAACAACUCAAAAUGACCUUCCAAAAAAAGAUAUUGAAAUGAAUCAAACAACUAAAAUAUCUUCAUUUGAACAACAAUAUAAAGAUCAUUUGAAAAAUUUGGAUCUUGAACAUGAAAAGUUAUUAUCACAACAAAAGCAAGAAUACGAAAAAAUAAUACAAAAUUUAAAAAUUGAUUUAGAAAAAGCUAAAUCUGAUAAUAAUAAAUUAUCUGUAAAUGAAAAUAACGGUCGAUUAGGUAAUGAAUCCCCUUUAGAAUUAUCUUCUAUUUAUGAAGCUCAUAAAGAAAGAUUAAUAAAAGAAAUUCAAACGAUAAAAUCAUUAAAAGAACAAGCUGAAGAUAAUUUACUUGCAAAUAAUCGUCAAAUAAAUGAUCAAAAAAUAGCUAUUAAAAAAUAUUAUGAAAGAGAAAUUGAAAAAAUUCGUAUAGAACAUGCUCAACAAAUGGAUUCUUUACGUAAAGGUGAUAUUCAAACUACUUUUGAUCAAAUUCAAAAUAGGGAAGUCGCUUGGAUUCAAUAUCAACGUGAUAAUGAUGAAUUAUUUAAACAACUUGAAUUUCUUGAUAAAACUGUUCAAGAAAAAAAUGAAGCUGAAGCUGAAAUAGCUUAUCUUCAACAAGAAUUAGCUCGUUCACAACAAGAAGUAAAAACUUUAACUCGUGCAAGAGAGAAUACAAAUAAGAUGAUAGGAAUGUUUCAACAAAAAAUUGAAGAUACUAUAAGUAAUUUAAGUACUCAAUUAAAUGAAAAGCAAAAACAAGUUAAUGAAUCUGCUGCAACGAUAGAAUCUCUUCGUAAACAAGUCAAAGAACAUGAUUCAAGACAUAAACGUCUCGCUUCAGAAAGUAAUAGCUUAUCAUUUAAAAAUAAUGAAGUUCUACAAAUUUAUGAAGCUAUGGAAGAAACUGCUAAUCAAUUAUCUGAAAUGGAAUCUAAAUACGCUAAAUUAAAUUCUGAACAUCAACAAGUUACUCUCGAGAAUCAACGUUUAUUAACUGACUUAUCAAGUUUUUCCCUUAAAUUACAAGAUCUUCAAAGUAAAAAUGAUGAAUGGGAAAAGAAAUAUCAAGAUAUGAUUGUUCAAAGAGAUCAAUUAAACAAUGAGCUUUCGGAUCUUAAAUUAUUUAAUUCUAAUAAGACAAAAGAUUUAAAAGAUUUAACUGAUGAUAUAGUUAAACUUAAAAAUCAAAAUGAAUCUUUGAAAGAGAUUACUGAUGAAAUACAAGUUGAAAAGGAAUCUUGGCAACAAAAAGAAUCUGAUCUUAUUAAAAUGCACGAGGUUGAAUUGAAAAAUAAAGACGAAAAGAUUGGUGAAAUUUCCAAAGAAUUAGAAAAUGCUCAUAAACAAUCUGAUGAACUUAAAGAACAAAUAAAAGUAAUUAAUAACAACUUAUCUAAUCUCGAAAAGAAAAAAGAUGCCCUAUCUGAACUUUUAGAAAAACAACAGACUGAUAUACAAGGUUAUAUGAAUGAUUUAAUAUCCGAAAGAGAAGCUUGGAAUCGAAAAGAAGCGGAUAUUAUUUCGAAUUAUGAGAAUAGAUUAGGUCGUUUAGUACAAGAAUUACGUGAUACUGAAAAUGCUGCUACACAAGUUCACCUUCAAGCAAACUCGAAAAUGAAAAAUAUUCAGAGUAAACAUGAUAAAUCUACAAACGAAAUUGAAGAAUUACAAAAUAAAUUAACCGAACUUUCACAAUUACUUGAUGAAAAAAAUGCUGAAUUAAUGAAGCAUGACCAAGAAAAAGAAGAAUUAUUGAAAGUUCAUGAAGAUAAUAUUUCAUCACUUAAACAGCAGCAAGAAGAAGAAGUCACUAAAUUAACAGAAUUGAUGGAAAUACUAGAGAAAAAACAACGUGCCAUAAAAAAUACUGCUGAAACUCACCGCCUAAGUACUCGUCGAAGCAAUGCUGAAGCAAAGAAAAUUGUAGCUUUAGAACAACGCGUGAUGGAUUUGGAACAAACAUUGAAAGUAUCAAAUAUAGAAUGUGAAAGAUUGUAUAUGGAACGUGAAAAAUUGAAUGAAAAGGUGUUGGAACUUAAAAGUAAAUAUGCAGGCACAAUAGUAAAUAAUAUUUAA